GCGGGAUGGGCGUGGCCUGAGCCGGCGGGGGGGCGUGGCCUUUUUCCCCCUCAGGUGGGCGUGGCCUGAGCGGGGGGGCGGGGCCGCCCCGAGCGCGAUCGCCGCGCGGAGCCAUGAAGACCCCGGCGGACGCAGGUUUCGCGCUGCCCGAGUGGGCGUACAAGGCGGAGUCGAGCCCCGGCUCGCGGCAGAUCCAGCUCUGGCAUUUCAUCCUGGAGCUGCUGCGCGAGGAGCGCUACCGCGGCGUCAUCGCCUGGCAGGGAGAGGCGGGCGAGUUCGUCAUCAAAGACCCCGAGGAGGUGGCGCGGCUGUGGGGCGCCCGCAAGUGCAAACCCCACAUGAACUACGACAAACUCAGCCGCGCCCUCCGGUACUACUACAAUAAGCGGAUUCUGCACAAGACGAAGGGGAAGCGCUUCACCUAUAAAUUCAACUUCAACAAACUGGUGUUGGUGAACUACCCCUGCCUGGAACUGGGGCUGCCCGCUUCAACCCCCCCCGCCGGGACGGCGGCAGCGGGAAAAAACUCGGGAACAGCAGCGACAACAAGAACCGACGGCGUCAUCGUCAUCAUCCUCCUCCUCCUCAUCAUCAUCGCAGCCCGAAGCGGGGGGCGCCAUGGCGGAGCCCCCCCACAUCAAAGUGGAGCCGGUGUCGGAGGAGGAGACGGUGGAGGUGACGGACCUGAGCGAGGAAGACGAUGAAGAUGAUGUCUUUGCGCCCCCACAGCGCCACGAGGAGGAGGAGGAGGAGGAGGAGGAGGAAGAGGGGGAGACGAAGGCUGCGGAGCCGC